ACACCCGGCUAAUUUUUGAAUUUUUAGUAGAGCUAGGGUUUCACCAUGUUGGCCAGGCUGGUCUAGAGCCCCUGACCUCAGGUGAUCCACCCACCUCGGCUUCCCAAAGUGCUGGGAUUACAGGCGUGAGCCGACAAGGUAGGCAAAAGUUAAAAACAAAAAAACAAAAAAACAAAAAAAUAUUUGGAAUAGUCUGUAACAGAGGAGGGCUUGAAGAGAAGUGAGGUGAUUUGCAGAAGCAUCAGCCAGGAGGCAUUCCUCCAGGAGAAAAAAUUUUACUUAAAGGAGAGAGCUUAGUGAUGGAGAAGGAAAAGAUCUCGACAGACAUUCAAGAUUAGAAUCAUAAGUUGGCCACUGAUUGGGUGUGGCUCUGGGAAGUGGAGGUGCUGUGGGCAGGGGCUGGCUUGGGCAAUGAGAAAAUGGUGUUGCUUAUGUGCCCACUCUGUGCCGGGACUCAGCUGUGAGUGCCUCCAAAUUCACCACAUUUAUCAAACCUCAGUGCUCUGAGACAGCAUAUGAUGGCCUAGCAGGAUGUCCAUUCUUUUCCUGGAACCACCCAUCCAGUUAUCUCCUUGAGUCGCCUGGGCGGUGAAAGGUGGUCUCAUGCACAAUGGAUGCGGUGUGAUCCCCCUGCUAUGUCACGCAUGGCGUCUGCCCUCUUCCCUGGCACCUCUGCCACUCCAGGUUAUGCCUGUGCUGCUGCCCAUUCUACGCCCACCUGGAAAGCCUGAAACCUUCUCGUGCCUUCUACUGCAGCUGGGGAGCUUCUUCCACGUCUCAUAGCCAGCUUCUCCAGAGGGAACUCCCAGAGCUGACUGUACUUUCCUACCUCAGCCUCUUCUUCCUGGGAUGGUGUCAAAAUAUGAACAGUCACAGCUUCAUGCUUUCAGGAAACCACCUUCUCUUCCAUCUUCUCCUUUGGCCUGCUCAGACAGCCAGACUUCUUAAAAAUAUUUUUCCCACAGGCUCAUGCAAAUUAAGGGAUGUGGCUGAGCAUCUCCUUCAGUGCCCUCAAACAGGUCAUGAAUGUUGCAAAGCCCAGAAUCGUGCUAACCUGGUAGAAGGCUGGUUUAGCCAGAACACACAGAGAGGACCUUCUCAUGAUGGUGUGGCUGAAUUCCACAUGUUACUAACAGUAUCUUGCCCUGACCCGACUCCAAGUACUGAUCCCCGAGGAAGGCGUAAUACAGAGCCCAUCUUGGGGAUGGAUGAUGACUUCAUGUGCAAACAAGUCAAAUUCAGGAUGUGUGUUGUGGGCAGAGAUGGCAAUGCCCAGUCAUCUGUUAGGUAUACAGGUCCGCUGUACAGGAGAAAAAUCAGAACAGAAUUUCUAUUUGUAGUGUUUCUUUUAGAGACUGGGGAAUUGAAACCACAGGUGAAUAAGAAUGUACAAGGAACCAGGCCUUCUUGAAGAAAUAGCUGAUCCAGAUUGGUGUCAGGAGCUGUACAAGGGGAUCCAAGAAUGUCUUGUCAUACAAGCCGGACAGCUAUUAAAGACAACUGAGGUCAUGGCAAAAGGGCCCAGGCUUCUACUGGCCAACAAUGAGACAAUUUGAGCAUCCUAAAGAAUAAUGACUUUAGUGGACUGAAACACAUCAACAUGUAUACAUGCAUGAAUUCAUAAUACUCAAAAUGGUAAAACCAAACUCAUUUGUUACCUUUGGAGGAGCCUGUCACCUCUGAUUAUUCUGAAAACUGGUAAAUAAAAGGGGAAAAUUCAAGCAUUUAUUCUGCUUUUCUUGUAUAAACUGUACCUCACAGUUACGGAAGAGCUGAUAAGGGAAAUGUCUUCUUUAUUGAAAAAUUCAGCUGAUACAUUUGGAAGGAAUGAGAGAAUUAGAGUACCACCAUUAGGUGACAAUGAGGGUCCAGUUUUUUAUUUUUCUUUUGCUGAGUGUUGGGAACAUAGUGAUAACAAAAAAAGCCAUGGUGUUCUGGCCCUUGUGGAGUUUUGAUUCUAGCACAUUAAUCAAAUAAUCCCAGAGCAAAAAUAAAAUGUCAACUAUGGUAAGUGUAGAGAAGGGAAAAUACACAGAACUUUUAACAGCUUAGAUCCGAGGAAGCUGACCAGCCUGCAAAAAGGGACAGCUUCCCUAGGGAAGUGACUUUGCAGCUGUGAUGAUGGAUGACUAAGAGUUAACCAAGGAAUGGGAGGAGGGAGGAGGAGACAGAGAAGGCUUUCCAAGCAGAAGCCAGAGCAUGUGCAAAGAUCCUGUGGCAAGAAGGAGCCUGGUGCAGGGGAGGAACGAAGAGACAUGCAAGCUGGCUGGAGUGCGGAGAGGGAGACGGGCAGGCAGGUGGUUGGAUGGGGAGGCAAGGAUCAGAUCAUGAGUCCCUUGGAGAAGCAGGAAGGCAUCAUGAUGACUAAAAUCAGAGGCAGGGGAGGACAGGUAGGGAUAGACAGGGAAGCAGUGCUGGGAAGAUGCUAAAAUGCUGCAGUCUGUGCUUGGAAAGAUCAUGGCCUGGUUCUUCCAUUGUCAUGAUGGGUUGUUCUCUUUCUUAUUGUUUUUCUAAUUUGUCUUGACUAAUGGAGAAGAUCAGGAGCUCAAAAAUAGAGGUUGUUUACAGCACUCAGUUUGGCUGCUAUAGGUCAAUGAGCUUAGACUAUUUAAGGGGAUUAGGCUUUUGCUCAGAGACCAGUGGAGUAUUCUAGCCAGGCUGUCUUGUGAAGGUGGUAUGUUAAGAACUAGGUUUGUCUGAUUUAUCAAAUUAAAAUGUGGUACAUCAAAUUAAAUUUGAAUUUCAGAUAAAUAACAACUAAUUUCAGAUGUGUCAGAUAAAGAAUGAAUAUGGCUCUAGUACAAUAUGGGAUAAUGAAUAUUUUCAGAUAAAUAGAUGCCCUGUAUUCUGUGUAGCAAGCAUAACUAGAGAAUCAAUGUUAGUGCUCAAACUAAGAAGACUUUUGAGAAAUUAUCAGAGGUAAAUACAAAUAUACAUUUCCAUCCAUCCAUCCAUCCAUCCAUCCAUCCAUCCAUCCAUCCAUCCAUCCAUCCCUGUUGAGCUCCAACUAUGUGUCAGACACUUCUGGGGGGUUGAAGGUAUUGUGAUCAGUAAGACAAACUCUCUGCCUUUAUAGUGUUUACAUUCUAGGAGAAAAAUAUUCAUCUUAGAGAGAUUAUAAAAAACAAAUCUUCUGAAAUAGUAUCUGUUACAUCCAAAAUAGAGGAAUAUAUAAAUAAAUGUUAAUAUGAUGGACUAACACGCAGCCAUUACAAAAAUCCUGUUUUGAAGGCUAUUAAAUGUCAUGGUGAAUUGAUUCCAAUAUAAAACCAAAUGAAAUAAAAGCAGUUCACAAAACCAUGCGUGAGGUAUGUAAAUUUUGUAAACCAAAAUUACAAGGUGACCUCAGUAUCUAGAAAAAUACACCGAUGGUGGCUGUAUCUGAGUGCUGCUAGAAUUAUUACUAACAUUUUAUUAUUUACAUUUGUAUUUUCUUUUUCACAGUUUCUACAAAGAAUUAUGGAUGAUUUUUAUAUUUAGAAAACCUUUUUUUAUUUGUAGACAUCUAUUACCUGUGGGCCCCACAGCAGCAUGGAAAAGAUUAAAGAUUUGUGUCAGCUUUGACGCUGCCGUUAAUUAUCAGGACAACCUACAGCAAGUCAUGCCAUUUAUCUGGGCUUCACUUUCUUUGGAUUUAAUUAUGGACUAAGCUGUGAUUUUCUGUGUAAUUAAGAACCAAACUAAAGUUUAAAAAAUAUGCCUUUGUUUUAUGGAAGAGUCCAGAGAGACACCAUCAUUAUACUAUACUGUGUGUCUUUAUAAAACCCAUAUACCUUAUUCUUUUGUUUUAUCUAGCUAUUAUAUUGUCUAUAACUUACUUUUAAAUAUUCUAGUAUAGACAGGUGUGUGUGUGUGUGUGUGUGUGUGUGUGUGUGUGCGUGUGUGUGUAUUCUUAAUCCUCUAUAAGGUUGUAGCUAAAAUUUAAAAUACUUUAACUGGACACACAUCUUUUAGGAGUGGCUGGUAGUGUUUGAAGGACUACUAUAAGGCCUUAAUGAUCUUUAUCUCUAGAGAGUUCUAGAAGGUUCCCUAAUUAGCCUAAUAAAUAAAAGAAGUUAUUUUGCACUGGAAAAUUAAGGAGUGUUGGAGAUAUGUGAUUUGGCUAGCGCUAUUUAAAGACACCCCUGUCCUUGCAUAAAUACGGUUUAGGAAUCUAGUAAUCCUGGAUUAGAAACUUUGUUUGGAGUGAUGCCUAAACCAGGUAUGCCAAUCUGUCUUGUGUCCACAUACUAACAGAGGGUUCUAGCAACUUAAUCCCAUUAGCAUGUUAGCUGAAGACUACGGCUAGAAUGCUGUUAUGUUUGUUUAGAGUUAAUAUUUCAUGGAAAUGUCUGAACCCUGGUACUGUAUUAAACUCAUAGAAAUGGCUUUGUGCCUGUUUGCUAAUAAAUAUUUCUCUGUGUGGCAGAAUUUGGUUUGGGGUGUGCUGUCUAGCUGUCUAAAUCACGUAUCUCUUAGUAUCGCAGUAAUGGGUGAAGAGAUAUAUAGUUCUUCUCACCUUUAAUUGUUGGAUGUGCAAAGA